GGAUCCCGCAGAGGCGCACAUCCGCCGUCUUCCGGUUGGACCUCGUCGCCCCCACCUCCGCGAGCCUGGCCCCGGCUCGGGCCCCCGUCAAUCCCGAAUUGCGUUCCCGAGCAGCGGCGGCUGAGUGCUUUCACGUCCCCCAAGGACCCGCGAACCCCGCCUCCGGGAUGAACAUCCGCAACGCGAGGCCCGAGGACCUCAUGAACAUGCAGCAUUGCAACCUCCUCUGCCUACCCGAGAACUACCAGAUGAAGUACUAUUUCUACCAUGGACUCUCCUGGCCCCAGCUCUCUUACAUUGCUGAGGAUGAGAAUGGGAAGAUUGUGGGGUACGUCCUGGCAAAAAUGGAAGAAGACCCAGAUGACGUGCCACAUGGACACAUCACCUCACUGGCUGUAAAGCGUUCCCAUCGGCGCCUUGGCCUGGCUCAGAAGCUGAUGGACCAGGCCUCUCGAGCCAUGAUAGAGAACUUCAAUGCCAAAUAUGUCUCCCUGCAUGUCAGGAAGAGUAACCGGGCUGCCCUGCAUCUCUAUUCCAACACCCUCAACUUUCAGAUCAGUGAAGUGGAGCCCAAAUACUAUGCAGAUGGAGAAGAUGCCUACGCGAUGAAGCGGGACCUCACACAGAUGGCUGAUGAGCUGAGGCGGCACCUGGAACUGAAAGAAAAGGGCAGGCACAUGGUGCUGGCGGUCAUGGAGAACAAGGCAGAGAUCAAAGGCAACGCGCUUCCAAGCUCAGGAGAGGCCUGUCCUGAGGAGAAGGGCCUGGCUGCUGAGGAUAGUGGUGGGGACAGCAAGGACCUCAGCGAGGUCAGCGAGACCACAGAGAGCACAGAUGUCAAGGACAGCUCAGAGGCCUCUGACUCUGCCUCCUAGAGCCUGCCCCACACAGCCUCUCCCCAGAGCUUUUACAAUAAACCUCACCCUGUGGCCUUGGGGGAUUUGUGAA